CAAGUGCGGCCAUCUUCCUCUCCUCCAUCAGCCUCUGUCACUCUACUCCCCUGCCUGCGCUUCGCCAACCCUUGCACUUUGCCGCACGCUCGCUCGCCAUUCCGCUGCUCCUGCGCACCGCACUCCGCCGCCUGCCGCCCGCUGCCGCCCGCAGCAUGUCGUCGCCCAAGCGUGUGCGCCUCGACGGCGACGCCGCAGACGCGCCGCCGUUUCUCGUCACGCACUCGGGCACGCAUCACGCCGACGAGGCGCUGGCCGUGUCGCUGCUGCGCGCUCUGCCGCGCUUUGCCGACAUGCCCCUCGUGCGCACGCGCGACGCCGCGCGCAUCGCCGCCGCGCACUGCGUCGUCGACGUCGGCGCCGAGUACGACGCCGCGCGCCAGCGCUUCGACCACCACCAGCGCGGCUUCGAGGAGACGUUUGACGCCGCGCACAAGACGAAGCUCAGCAGCGCGGGCCUCGUGUGGAAGCACUUUGGCACGCAGAUUCUCGCCGCCAAGCUCUCGCUCGACGACGCGUCGCCGCUGCUGCCGCUGCUGCACACCAAGCUGUACGACGACUUUGUCGAGGCCAUCGACGGCAUCGACAACGGCCAGGCGCAGUAUCCGGGCGCCACGGCCGCCUACAAGUCCUCGACGGACCUCUCGGCGCGCGUCGGGCGCCUGAACCCGCGCUGGAACGAGGAGCUGCCGGCCGACGCCGCCGCGCGCGCCGCCGACUCGGACCGCCGCUUUGAGAAGGCCGCCGCGCUGGCCGGCGGCGAGUUCUGGGAGCGCCUCGACUACACGGUGCAGGCCUGGCUGCCGGCACGCGAGAUCGUCGAGCGGGCGCUGGCCGUGCGCAAGGAGAAGAGCGGCGAGCCGAGCGGGCGCGUGCUGGUCUUCGACGAGUACGCCAGCUGGAAGGACCACGUCUACGCUCUCGAGAAGGACCUGAGCAUCCCAGAGGCCGAGCAGAUCAUCUACGUCGUCUACCCCGACGAGGCCGGCUCGUACCGCGUGCAGGCCGUGCCCGAGCACGCCGACAGCUUCAACUCGCGGCGCGCGCUGCCCGAGCAGUGGCGCGGCGUGCGCGACGAGCAGCUAAGCGAGAAGAGCGGCAUUCCCGGCUGCGUCUUUGUGCACGCGUCUGGCUUCAUCGGCGGCAACAAGACGCGCGAUGGCGCGCUGCAGAUGGCACGCAAGGCGCUCGACCUGUGAGGCUGCGCCCGACUCGGCAUUCAAAAGGGAGCGCUUGGGCCAAUAGACAGCAUGACAUUCUCAGGCUGCGAAGACCGCGCAGGCGGCGCGCG